AUGUUGUUUACAAUUAGAAAUCAAAAUUUGAAGCUCCUUAUUAAUGAUAUCGAAGCCUCCACUGAAGCAAAUGGAGAAUCCGUCAACCUCCAGUCCGUUUUCCUCGUGACUUACAAGAACAUUGCCAACCCCGCCGAUUCCAGCCAGUUGAACACCUAUCAAACCGUCAUCGCCACUGGUCUUAUUGGCUCCAGUGCCUCUACCAAGCACUUUGUGCUCCACAACUUCGCAACCAUGAGCUGGACUCCUGAUACAGCUAGCAUUGGUGUUUUUGCCGCCAAUGAAGAAGCUGAGCAGUGUCACAGCGCUCUUUCCCCUGCUUCCGGACUCGGCAACUUGGAGAAUGACUCCAACCUUGGCGAAAACGGAAAGUACAUCCAGGUCUACUCUCAGAACCUCGAAUGUACCACACGAUUCGAAACUCUUUGCCCAGUUCAUCAGGAAGGCUCCCGCGCCACCUCUUCCGGUAUGCUCGCACUCAAGGGCUUCAAGGACUCCGCUGAAUGGGACUUUUACGUCUCCUACGAAUGUGAUCCCCAGUUUGAAAUCACCCCAGGAGUCGAAGUCAUCUCAUCGGUCUGUCGAUACGAUCCCGAUUACUACGAUUCUCGAUGGACUGCUGAAGCUCCUACUUGCACAAAUGGCGAGACUGUCAAAACUUUUGACAUCAAGAUUGUCGUCGACCAAAUUGGUGACUCCCCAGCUGCUGCAGCCUCUCAAGAACGAGGAGAUGGAGCUGAAAUUCUCGUCCAGAGCGGUCUCUCCGAACUCAUCGAAUACAUUGGUAUCGAUGACUCUCAGGUCUCUGACAUCAACAUCCGACCCUUCAGCCCCGAUGAGGAAUGGAAGAACGAGCAGCGAGCCGAGGUCGACCCCACUGACUCUGUCAUCGUCGAAUUCACCAUCGAGCUCCCACUUGCUGUGAAAGACAAGGUCACUGAGGAUGACAUCAAGGAAAACAUCAAGAACGUCGUUUCUGAGCUUGAUAUCAUUGGCGAACUUGACAUUAACGAAGAGAACAUUCAAGUUAUCGAAAAAACUCCUCAAUGCUUGGUCGACUGUCUUGGCUGCCGUGACAAGAAGAAGUGCGGAGACAAGCCCCCACCAAUCCCAUACGAUGCCUGCUGCGGAGGAUGCCCAGAAGAUAACCCAGCACGAGGCAAACCUUACUCAACCCUCGUCAAAUCCUGCUGCGUCGACGGCUGGAACGGUGAAAUUUACGACCACGACACACACGUCUGCUGCAACGGAAAGGUCAUGUCGAAGGAAGACUACAACGUCUCCUUCUUUAUGCGAUCUCAAUGCCGAGAAUAG